CCUGGAAGCACUGAUAGGGAAAGGAGUGACAUUGAGAGAGAAAGUGCAAUUGGGUGCAGUACACAGCGACUGGGUGUGCAGCACUGGUGUGUACAACAACUGAAAAGCUAACAGUAGCCAGCCAGAAAAGAAAAACCUAAGGAACUACAAUGGAUAGACACUUGAAGAACAUUCUUGUUGUAUCGUUUGGAUUUUUACUGUUAUUUACAGCUUUUGGCGGGCUUCAGAGUUUACAGAGCAGCCUCAAUGCAAAUGAAGGCCUUGGUGUUGCUUCUCUGAGCAUCAUCUAUGGAGCUCUAAUUAUCUCUUCAAUGUUCGUUCCUCCAAUUGUAAUUAAGAAAAUUGGCUGCAAAUGGACAAUAGCUGCCUCGAUGUGCUGUUAUAUUACAUAUUCUCUUGGCAACUUCUACCCUAGCUGGUAUACUCUCAUUCCAACAUCUGUGAUUUUGGGAUUUGGAGGUGCACCAUUGUGGGCUGCAAAAUGUACAUAUUUGACAGUCAGUGGAAAUCAAUAUGCUGAGAAAGUUGGAAAGGUCGGAAAAGAUAUUGUCAAUCAAUAUUUUGGACUUUUUUUCCUUAUAUUCCAGUCAUCUGGUGUUUGGGGGAAUUUAAUUUCAUCAUUAAUAUUUGGACAAACACCAGGUGCAGGAAAUAAUGUGAAUUUACCAAAUUAUACACAUUGUGGAGCCAAUGACUGCCCAUACAUUGAAGUCAACAAUGUAAGCAGUACUAGUUCUAAGAAGCCAACUAAAACUUUAAUUUACACCCUUUUGGGUAUUUAUACAGGAAGUGGAAUACUUGCCGUUGUGCUGAUCUGUGUAUUUUUGGAUAAUAUCAACCUGAAAAAGACAGAAGACAACGAGGACAUUAAAGAUGAACCAAUUUGGAUAAAAAUAUUAGAAACACUAAGACAUCUCAGGGACAAACGCCAGUGCCUCCUUAUUCCUCUCACAAUGUGGAGCGGUUUUGAACAAGGAUUCUUGUCCGGAGACUAUACAAAGUCUUAUGUUACCUGUUCUCUUGGGAUACAUUAUGUUGGAUAUGUGAUGAUUUGCUUUGCAGCAACCAAUGCUAUUUGUUCUCUGCUCUUUGGAAAACUGUCUCAAUAUACUGGAAGGAUAUUUCUUUUUUGUUUCGCUGCAGCCACAAAUUUUGGGGUUAUAAUUGCAUUACUAUUUUGGGAGCCACAUCCAAACCAGCUUGCUAUAUUCUUCAUAUUUCCUGCAUUGUGGGGAAUGGCAGAUGCUGUCUGGCAGACACAAACUAAUUCACUUUAUGGGCUGUUGUUUGAGGAUCACAAAGAAGCUGGAUUUGCCAAUUACCGUCUAUGGGAGUCAAUGGGAUUUAUGAUAGCAUAUGCAUAUAGCACAUUUUUAUGUGUGUCAGUUAAAUUAUACAUUUUGCUAGGUGUGCUGAUACUUGGAAUGGUUCUUUAUGCAUGUGUGGAAUAUGUUGAACAUAAAAAAAUGUUCAGUAAAAUAGUUAAACAAGAAUCAGAUGAUUCUUUGCAUAAACAGACUGUAAUGUAGACUACAGUAUGAUGUCACUAAGCCUUUGAAUUUUCCACAUGAGAGACUGUAAUGUAUAGUAAAGCUG